AUGUUGAGUCUUCUGUCCAGGUUCGUUGUGGGCGACGUCCGCAACGAAAGCGACUCCGACAGCCACUACCACGCCGACACGGACGAGGAGGAGCUGGUGCCAAGCAUGCCGAUUAUCAACAUCGACCAGACGGAGCUGGGCCAGGACGCCCUCGAGGCGCAGAGCCCCUCGCCCACGCCCACCCCCUGCUUCACCCCGGUGUCUGAUUGCUCUGAGGAGGCCUCGGAGAGGGACGAGGCACCACUGGAGCUGCCGGCGCCCGAGGUGUGCCGGCGCGUGCAGGAGCUGGUGGAGUACUACCUGAGCGAGGCCAACCUGGUGAAGGACAUGUUCAUGCUGAAGCACGUCACCAAGCACCGCGAGGGCUACGUGUCCCUCAAGCUGCUGGCGACCUACAAGAAGGUGAAGCACCUCACCCGGGACUGGCGCGUGGUGGCGCACACCCUCAGGGGCUCCGAGGCGCUCGAGCUCAACCCCGAGGGCACCAAAGUGCGGCGGCGCCACGGCCUGCCGCAAGAGAUGGACGAGGACACGCGGCCCUUCCGCACGCUGCUGGCCGUGGAGGUGGAGCGCGAGCUGGCCAACAUGAACGCGCUGGCCGAGUUCUUUGGCAAGUUCGGCGAGAUGGUGUCCCUCCAGAUGCACAAACCCGGCGGCCGCGCCCUGCCUGAGGUGCGCACUGUGGAGCGCGAACACCCGGGCAUCGGCGCCACCGUCUGCGCCCUCGUCGAGUUCGAGAAGGUGCACCAGGCGCGCCAGGCCUUCCGCGCCGUGACCAACAGCACCGAGAGUGGCCUUAAGGUGCUGGAGGUGCCCCGCAAGAAGCGGGACUGUGGCGGCGGCGGCGGCUCGCUGCUCAACAUCAGGAGCCAGACGGAGGGCGAGAGUGCCUACUACAGCACCUCGGACUUCUCGGAGCCGCCCUCGCCCGUGAGCCGCACGCGCGUGCAGCGCAUCAGGUCCCCAUGCCCCCCUUUGCCCUCGCCCAAGUUGGGCCGCCGCGGCAGCUUCGGCCAGCACCGGCAGCACCAGCAGCAGCUGUCCUCGCCGGAGUCCUCUCCGCCCUCGCCCUUCUCCCCCCGCCGCAGGAUGCCCACGCCCAGCUCGUCCCCCGAGGACCACCCACUCUCCCCCCAGGACAUGUACCCCCGCCGCGCCUCGCCCUGCCCCGUGCCGCAGCCCCGCCGCAGCUCCAUUACCUGUGCCACGCCCACGCCGGGCUCGCCCAGCCUCAGCCGCCUCCACAUGGCCUUCUCCUCCCCCCGCGGCGUCUCGCAGGACGCCGAGGCGCUGCAGCUCAGCCCGUGGCUGCGGCGCCGCGUGCUGGCCGGCACCGCUGCCGCGCUGGCGUCGCCCCUCGCCUCCCCCAACCUGCGCCGGCGCCACGAAGCCUCCGUGUUGCUGCCCGACAACGUCAUCCGCCUGCCCCGCGGCCCCGACGGCUCCAAGGGCUUCUUCGGCCGACAAACGCCCAUCGCCGUCCAGGCCUGACGCCCCGCCGCGCCACCGCCGCCCGCCCCUACGCGGGGGGCGGCGGCGAGGAUGGAGCUGUAGCCAAAAGGAUAGGAACUCACGACGCCCUGUAUAUAGCCGCGUUGCGUUACGUUACUGCAUCAUAAUAAAGACAUGACUGCUCC